UGGCUACACCAGCUAAGCCUUCUGGGAGUUGAAGUCCCAAAGUGGGGCGCAACCCUUAACGAGACGGCCCUGAGCGGGUGGGCGUGGCUGAAAGGGAGGCCUCAGUUACCAUGGCGACGCCGAGGCGCUGGCUGGGAAUGGCGCUGCUCCUGCUCCCGCUGCACGCAGGCCUCGCGGGCGGCCAGGCCUUCUUCCUCCCUUGGCGGCAGCCUCAGAGCUGCGCCGCCACUCAGUACUUCGACAUCGCCACUCUCUCCUGUGGGCAGUGCGGGGCAUCCCAGACCAAAGGCCACAGGGAUACAUCUUGUGCUUGUCAACCAGGAUUCAAGAUCAUUAAUAAUAACGGUGGAUCUAUUACUUGUGAGAAAUGUCCAGAAGACACAGGUGGAGUUACUCAAGAUGGAUGGGACUGCAUUGCUUGCCCUUAUGAAUUAACUGCUGAAGGGAAAUGUAAAUGCCCCAUCAAUCAGAUUUUAGUGGAAAGAGACACAAAUGGUGCCCUGUUGAAAACAGCAUUGUGCGUUCAGUGUGAUGGAAUGGAACAGUCAUUUGCUGCUCCUAAUGAUUUAAACAACAGGUGUAUAAGAUGUGAACCAACAUUUGUCAGUGCAAACAAGUCAUGUACCUGUCACAAUCCAAAUAUUUUAACAGGGGGUUUAUGUUUUAGGAGCCUUGGAAAUUUCCCUCCAAAAGAAACUGCAACUGUACGGUUUGGAAAACUAGGCAUUACCUUGAUAUCUGCCUGGUUUUCGAAAAAUCUUCGAGCAGCAGCAGCUGCUUGUUUGUUGUACUCCAACCUGACUUCUUGCCAAGCACUUGGAAAUAUGUGUGUGAUGAACAUGAAUAUUUUAAACACUGGUAGCACUGAUGCAUGUGGCUUGUUUCAGUAUGUCUAUAUAAAUACCGUUGGACUUGGUACUGUUCAUUCAGUAUCAUUUUGGAGGCAGAAUCUUCCGUGGCUAUACUAUGGUGACCAGCCAGGAUUGGCAACACAGGUCCUUGAAACCACCCCAUUUCCAACUAGUUUCACUUUUAAAGGAACAAACAAUAACAUAAAAUUGGAUUUUAUUGCAGCUUUGUAUGAUGCAGGAGGAAAUUUUCUUCAAUGGCAACAUUUAGAAGAUGGCAUUUUCCAGCUUUGUCCAGAUACAUUGACCAGACUAAGUGCUGCUUACACAUUUGGAACUACUUACCAGCAAAAGUGUAAAAUUUCAGUUUCCAAGAUUUUAAAGGAUUAUUCUCAACCAGUGUUUUAUGAUGUGUUCCUUGAAUAUCAUAAUGAUGAAGAUAAACAACAAUACCUGUGGGCAGUGCCAGUAUUAAACUUAAAUCUUCAAUACAAUGAAGUGUUUGUAAACAAAGGCAGCAAUAUGAACAGCUGGCUUUUGACACGUCGGAUAUUUUUGGUGGAUACUUUAAGCGGUCGAGAGAAUGAACUGGGAAACCAACCAAGAAUAAUCCGAAUUGCUAGUGAAAUAACUAUAAGUAUUCGUCUUGUGCCUAACACUCAAAGAGGAUCCAUCUAUCCCCCUCUCAUCACAAUUGUCUACAGUGAUGUUUUGGUCCAAAAUCCCAAUACAGAGAAUGUGAUGGUUUCUUUCUCAGUCAGCUAUGAAAUGAACCAGUCAGAGGCUCGCAUACAAACGGAUAUAGCAUUAGGUGUUCUGGGUGGCUUGGCAGUUCUGUGGUCUCUUCUCAGGACUGCUGGCUGGAAGAGGCGUAUAGGGAGCCCCAUGAUUGACUUGCAGACAGUUCUGAAGUUCUUGCUGUUCUACGCUGGAGACCUUGCAAAUGUUUUCUUCACUAUCACAGUGGGAACAGGGAUUUAUUGGCUUAUAUUCUUCAAGGCACAACAGUUUGUCUCUGUACUUCUACCUCUGCCAAGUCAAGAAGACCAUUUUGUUGCUUAUAUUUGGUGUGCAUUUCUUCUGAAGAUAAUCCAAUUUUUGCACCUGCUUGCUUCCCAACUUUCUAUUGAUAUAUUUUUCAUUGACUGGGAGCGUCCUAGAGGAAAAGUACUUAAAGCUGUUGAAGGAGAAGGUGGCAUAAGAAGUAUUUCUGCACCAGUCAGUAUAUGGAGGACAUAUUUCAUAGCAAAUGAGUGGAAUGAAAUUCAAACCAUCAGGAAAAUAAAUCCUCUGUUCCAAGUACUUGCAGUUCUCUUCUUUUUAGAGUUUGUUGGAUUUUCAAAUCUGGCCAUAAUGGAUUCUUCUUCAGAUCUCACUAGAAGUCCUGAGAGUUACAUUGCUCCCUCCAGUCGCAUUCUUAGAUACGGUGUAUCUGCCGCAAUUUGGCUAGUCAUUGCCAUAAUACAGAUAAUUUACUUUUCUGUGUUUUAUGAAAGAUUUGUAGAAGAUAAAAUAAGGCAGUUUGUUGACUUGUGCUGUAUGAGCAAUAUUUCAGUCUUUCUGUUGUUACACAGAUGCUUUGGGUAUUAUAUCCAUGGCCGUUCAGUGCAUGGCCAUUCAGAUACCAACAUGGAAGAGAUGAAUCUGAAUCUGAAGAGAGAAGCAGAAAAUCUAUGUAGUCAAAGAGGUUUGCUACCAAAUACAGAUGGCCAAACAUUUCAGAUUUCUAUUUCAAACAGGAUGAGGCAGCAUUAUGACAGGAUUCAUGAAACAUUAACAAGGAAACAUGGUCCUGUUAGGCUAUUGAAUUCCUCUGCAACUACAUUUGAGCAAAGCACUAAGGCUUACCAUACUAUGAAUAAAUUCCUGGGCUCAUUUAUUGAUCACGUUCAUAAAGAAAUGGAUUACAUUGUAAAGGACAAAUUGUUGCUAGAGCGACUCCUUGGAAUGGAGUUUAUGGAACCCAUGGAUAAAAGCAUCUUUUACAAUGAUGAAGGACAUUCUUUCAGUGAUGUUCUUUAUUAUGGCAAUGAAUCUGUGCUUCUCAUCUUUGAUUUGCUGUUUUUCACUGUUGUGGAUAUAGGUUCUCAAAGUUUUGUUUUGGCAGCAGUUCUUACUUAUUUACAACAAGAGAUUUUUAGGUUCAUUCGUAAUUCAAUUGGACAAAAGAAUUUGGCAUCCAAAACUUUGGUAGAUGAACGAUUUCUUAUAUAAACAGACAUGAAGAAACAUUAUUUCUGGGAACCAAUUGUGUCAUGAAAAGUUUUUACAAAAGACAAAUUCAUUUACAGUACUUUGUAAAUAUCAGUGUACAGUAUUUUUCUUUCAUACUAUAAUUUACAAAUACAAUAUUUUGGAUAUUUGGAUUUAUACUUUUGUAUGUAUAGAGUCUGAUUAAUCACAUGUCUUAGAGGGAAAUAAAGAUGAAGCAAGGUGUCACUGGGAAAUAUA